AUGCACUUCAUCAAGGUCGCGCUUCUUGCGUUGACCAGCCUGGCUUUGGCCCAUCCUGGUGCCCACGAACCCACCUCCUACACAUCUGCUUCCAAGAGAAACUUCCUGCACAAAGCCCGCAGCAGCUUGGACAAGUGUGCAGAUCAUCUGGAGCGACGUGGUAUAAACUCACGCGCCGAAGCCCGCCGUGCUGCGAUUGUUGCUGCCAACAAAAAGCGCGCCCUCUUCCCUCGUGAUACCGACAAGAUCGUCAACACUUCACACCAUUCCAACCUCCAUGUUACCACGAACACCCCCGAAACGGAGCUGUUCUCCAAAAACCCUGUCUGCAUCCUGGCACCCGAGGGAGAAGUUGGUCCCUUUUGGGUGAAGGGCGAACUGAUUCGCUCCGAUCUACGUGAUGGCCAAGCAGGCAUUCCAAUCAUCCUUGAUGGCCAGUUCAUUGACAUCAACACCUGCGAGCCCAUUCAGGACCUCUACUGGGAUGUCUGGAACUGCAAUUCUACUGGUGUCUACUCUGGAGUCCAGAGCUCCAUGAACGGCAAUGGGAACGAUGCCUCAAACCUGGACAAGACUUUCUUGCGUGGUAUUCAGAAGACCGAUUCCGAGGGCGUUGCCCAGUUCAAGACUUUGUUCCCGGGUCACUACUCUGGCCGAGCUACCCAUGUCCACGUUAUCGCGCACACAAAUGCUCACGUGCUGCCCAAUAACACCCUCACUGGUGGGCAUAUCUCUCACAUUGGCCAAUUGUUUUUUGACAAGGAACUUAUCAACACCGUUGAGGCUACCUAUCCCUACAAUACCAGCACUGUUGCUAUCACAGAGAACGCCGAUGACCAUGUUGUCCAGGACGAGACCGAGGACUCUAACUCUGACCCAUUCUUUGAGUAUGCCUACCUUGGUGAUACUAUUGAAGACGGUCUUCUUGCUUGGAUCACUUUGGGUGUCAAUGUAUCUGCUAGUCACGACUCUGAUUCUUCUUACGCCGCAAGCCUCACCUCAUCUGGUGGUAUUAGUAGCUAG